AUGGCUGCCCUUGCUGGAAGUGGUCUAGAGUCAGUCAAAGUGGUCAAUAGCAAAGGUCAAGACAAGAGUUUUUUGGAUGCUAAAGGCAUUUUGUGUGCUGCUGACAUACCAUCCAGACUGAGGAAGACCCGGAAGCUUUGGGGCCAUGUGAGCCAUGGCCACGGCCAUAUCAGCAAGCACAGGAAGCACCCAGGAGGCCAAGGGAAUGCUGGUGGCAUGCAUCUUCACAGGAUCAACCUCGAUAAAUAUCACCCAGGUUACUUCGAGAAAGUUGGUAUGAAGCAUUACCACUUAAAGAGGAACCAGAGCUUUUGCCCAACUGUCAACCUUGAUAAAUUGUGGACAUUGGUCCAUGAGCAGACACAGGUAAAUGCUGCCAAAAACAAGACUGGAGUUGCUCCCAUCACUGAUGUAAUAAGAUCAGGCUACUACAAAGUUCUGGGGAAGGGAAAACCAAAGCGGCCAUUCAUUGUGAAGGCCAAAUUCUCUAGCAGAAGAGCUGAAGAGAAGAUUAAGGGUAUUGGAGGGGGUUGUGUCCUGGUGGCUUGA